AAUUCCAGUAAACAAUUCGAUAGAAACGUUCCUCUCAUCUGAGUUAGAGUGAACGAAUAAUUAUUUGCAACUUUUAAUUACCGUCUUACAAGAGUAACAUAAAUCUAAUCAGAGUAUCUUUAUUGAAAGUUCUCUGUAAACAACUUUUGAUUGAAUUUCUUGCAUAUUUAAAGAAAAAGCGUGAUUCAGCAUGCCUGUAUUCGGUAACAAAUUUACGACGAAGAAAACUCAAGCAAGGAAAUGGCCCUCUCUAUCGAAUUUGAAUUUAGACUCCAGUGAUAAACGUAACGAGCUCGACUCUGGUCCAAUUAAAAUGACUUUGAAUGGCCAAAAUAUGAUAUUCGAAAAUGGACAAUGGAUUUUAGAUGAUGGUUCAAAGAGUGGUAGAGGUGGAGAUUCGUCGUUAAUUAAGAAAGAAAAUGACAGAUUAAGAGCAGAGAAUAACUUACUGCAAUUAAAACUUGAUACUCUUAUAGAUUUGAUGGCUCAAACUGAAGCUGAUAGGCAAGUUUUGGAAAACGAAAAUGAACAAUUAAAGACAAGAUUAAAAAAAUAGAACAGAGAAGAUCUUUCAAUAUAAGAAUAUGUUAGUUUCGUUGUAUCUCUUUUCUACUUUUCUUUAGUUACGAGAGAAUAAUUAAGAAUAUAGAUUAGUUUAUAAAUAAAGACAUAAAAGAAAAACAUAAAUCAAUGAAAAUAUCAAAG